GGUCGAGGGGGGCGAGGAAACCGGUGAGUCCGACCUUUGACUCGGGAAAUAUUCAUCUGACAUCAAGAUGACCCGCUUUCGAUAGCGCGAUAUGGCCUGCGAUCCGUCAGGACACGGACGCACCCGCCCAGAGAAGUAGCCGUCGCAGACUACAUGGGUUGAGACUAUAUAUUCAACGAGGACAUUGCCUGCGCUGCAGGCAUGUACUGUACGAAUGCCGCUUGGUAUGUCAUCCCGCUUUACUCCGCAAAUGAAGUCCACUGUUUACCCGUCGUGUUCGUGCUGAGCUCGCGACGAUGUGCAGGCAUUGAACGAGGCGGAGUAACCCGACAUCGGCGCGUCAAGUGAGCAUCGUCGACGUCUAAACACAUCAUCGUUAUUGCUGCCUUUACUUCCCUCUGCAAUGACAUAUACUUGCUUGGAAUGAUACUCUGCAUUUCUGCUGGUACGAUAUACAGUAUGGCUCAAGUAUGGCUUGCAGGUGUAGUCAAUACACAGAUCCCCACGCACGUCGGUGUAACCAUCGAUUGGGGCCCUGAACCUGCUCUGUUUGGACACUCACCAGUAGCGUCAUUUCUGUGUUGGGUGCACACGGCGUACAAUUGUCGUUGCGACUCGCGAACGCGGAUGUACUGUAUCAUGAAAGUAAAAAGCAUGUUAGCACACACGUCAAAUUAUGUAAUGUCUAAGUCACUGUACUACCCAUCCGCUGACCAUAAACCUCGUUGACCCAAGCAUUCACUUCCUGAGAGUACCGAGUAUACAGAACUACAUAAGUAUGUAUAUCGCCUCUGUCGC